UGCGCACAGCGGCAGCAGUCAAGCCGCUCCUCCCCGAGCAGUCCUGGCGCCUCCGCCCGCUCGGCUUCAGCGCCGCCCGCCACUACACACGGGCACCUAAAGUUUGCUGCCACUCAAUCAUUCAUCAUCAUCAUUAUCACACUGACUGACUCACGACGAGACGGAGACGGACCUCUCCUCCUGACCUGGGCGGGCUUGCUUGCCUCGCUCCGCCUCCGCUCACUCCCCGCCCCACCGCCAGUCGCGCAUGCGUGUCCUCCUCUCGCCACCUGCACAUGGACUGCAGAGUUUGGGAGGGACGCACGGAAGCGUUUGUGUUGCUGGCUGGGCCUGGGGGCUGUGCGGGCCGCGGCACAAGGAAAGGACGGAUGGACUCAGAGGAAGGAUUCAAAAGGAGGGAGGCCGCCUGCCUCAUCAAACCAGAGGAUAAGAUCCAAUCGGUGGGAUGGGAGCUUUCCCCGCAUGGAGCGGGUGGAGGACUGUCGGUCGCCAUAGAAACUGUGCACAUCAGUAAAGGAAAAGCGAAGGGUAAGAUCCUGUCCUGCUCCUUGCCUUUAUCGGUGGAUUUUAUUGUGCAUGUAUGUAGCUUGCCCUCUCCCCCUGGGUUAUUGGCUUCUGGUUGCCCAAGAAACAAAACCAUGCAAGCAGAGAAACUUGUUUUUAAAACGAUAAGGAGGCACGCCUUUCAUUGAAUCCCAAAUCACAAUAUUCUGUGGCGGACCCAAGUCGAGCCGGGUCUUCACAUCAAUUUGGUGCCGUGACUCGGAUGUAACUUGGGUGGACGAUUUGGCCCGUCGUGGGACAACGAGGACCAGCGCGCACCACAGCCUUUGUCUGAGGAGGUUUCUCGUGGCCCUGGGACGCGUCAGUCGUUACUACACGCUACAUCUGGGAAUCGAGGCAAGAGCCUGAGGGAGAGGCAAGAAAUCCAGAGACGUCUUUGGCAACGCAACGGCCGCCACUAGAGGGACCACAACACCCUUUCCAGCCAGGCGAUCAGGUGUACCUUGAGAAAUGGCAGAAGCCUAACCUCGAGCCACGGUGGAUGGGCCCGUUUACAGUGCUCCUAGUGACCCAAACUGCAGUUCGUCUCUCUGGAUCAAAGACUUGGACCCAUCACACCCGAGUGAGAUAUUCGCCUACCCCAGCGAAGGAACCAGAAGACAACAACAACAACAACUGGACAGUGACCAAGCGUGGAGACCUGAGACUCACUUUAUGCAAACAGCCACCACCAAAACCCCCACCAGAGCCUCUUUCCCUUGAAGAUACUCUGGCAGUGUGGGAAGCAAUGGAUGAAGGACACUUUUAAUUUUCUCAAACAUUUUUCCUGCAAAGAACAAUAUCCCCCCCCUUCUUUUAAUUUUUCCUGUACAAAGGGAGGAUGUAUCUCUUUUGGUGUUUAUCAUGUUAUUUCUUGUGUACAUGGUCAAUUCAACACCCACACGCUCCACUUUUACAGACUUUAGCUGACAUUGCCAACUUAAAUGACUGCUGGCUAUUAUGCAGUCACAUGGCAAGCACAGAAGGGGAUAUUUUAAAUGUAGUGGCCAUUCCAGUCACACUUAGCUGGUGGAUUACUUAUCCACAAACCACAGAACAGCCCCAGUAUUUUUCAAAUUACACUACAUAUUGGUCUUGGGGAAAACACAGAGAAACAAUUCACUUCCAGGGAAGAAGCAUUAGUUAUAAUAGCUAUGGAUACACUAAAAGGGAAACUCUCAACAGAAAUGCCCUUGGUAUCCCGGAUAUUAAGCUUUCAAGCCACAGCUUGCAUCCUAUCUGCAUUGAAAAUAGAAAUGGUACAGGGAAGUUUUUGGGAGUGAAUCCCUACCACAGCUGUACACAUAUAGUGUCCUUUAACAGCACGGACAGAACAUGGUUCUCUCAACACAGAGAGAACGAGCUAGAGUGUUUUCAUAUUCCUUUUGAUUUAGGAAUACCUACUUCUCUUAGAGAAUUUCUUUUUCUUAACUUCACAGACUCAGAGUGGAUCACUGUUUCAAAAGCCCUGAACCUUUAUAAUUCUUCCAUAUAUCUUACAAAAGGUCUUGGCCUUUGUCAACAGGCAAACCAAACUGAUCAUGUUUGUGAAGGCUCUAGUUUUAACACGCACACGCCUUGGUUUGACAUCUGGGUGACUAUUGCAUGUGCUUAUCCAGAGAAAGUGUCAAAAACAUGGAAGCAUUUGUUUAGCAAUGCAGGUAAAGACAUUGUGGAUUUGUGUAGCCAUUAUGUCAAUCUACCUCGUUCAGGAAACAACUUAAUUGUUGCCUUACCAGCAGGCCUUUAUUGGGUCUGUGGGAACAGAGCCUAUCAUGCAUUACCCCCAGGAUGGACAGGCAGAUGUGCACCAGCCCAUUCAGCACCUACCAUUUAUGUGAAACCUUCACUUAAUGCAUCACAAGUUCUUAAUCUUGGAAGCUUGUUACACAGAACACGAAGUGAAGCCAAAAUCAAUUAUGUUCCAAAUCCUUUAGCUACACAAAACACAAAGUGCCAUCAAUGGACAAGAACCAUACUACCUAGGUUCGGAAUUAAUCAACUAGAAAAAGCUAUAAUUAAUAUUUCCAGACAAAUCGAACUCUCAUUUAACCAGACUCUGUUAGCCUUAACUGAUAUGGGCACAGAGAUAAAUUCAUUAGGAGAAGUAGUCAUGCAGAAUCGUAGAGCUUUAGAUAUUCUCACAGCUCAAGAAGGAGGAGCUAGCGCAGUCCUAGGUGAAGUUUGCUGUUUUUAUGUCAAUGAGACUGGAUCCAUCACUGCUCAUGUUCAAAAUCUUAAAGAUCAACUUCAAAUAUGGCAUAACAUGGGAAAGGAAAACCCUAUGGAUAUAUGGGCAUGGCUCACUUCUUGGUUACCCAAUUGGGGAUUGUGGGCACAGAAGAUAAUCAUAAUUAUCGUAUGUAUUUUUCUUUUAUUGAUAAUCACAUGUUGCUGCUUGCAAUGCAUUCCAACUUUAUUUCAAUGGUUUAUGAAAGCUUUUAGACCCCAUCACAGUUUGGGACCUAAAUACACAUCCGUACCCUUACAAGCAUUGAUGAGGGCAUCCUGAAGCAUCCUGAAGAUUCAGGAUGAUCCAAUUGUUUCAGGGGGGAAUUGAUGUGUUUUAGUAAACCAAAGCUACUCCAUUUUGCUUAGUAAACCAAAGAAACUCCUUUUUGCGUAGAAAGCUAAAACGUUCUAACUUAGAGUAACCUCAGCAAAGCCCAAGGACACAAACUCUGCAACAUUGCCUUAACAAUAGCCACCACUAUUCCGAUCUCUCUAGCUGGCAUAGUAACUAUUGAAAUGUGAACGAAGUAGCGGAUGCAAUGCUGAGUUCCCAAGAGAAAGUUGAUGUUGAGGGAAAAGCGGACCUAAACCAUAUUAGGGAAAUCACCUGAUGAGCAAUGGUCAAGUCACGCAUGCGUAUUAGAAAGGAUUAGGUCAUUGGUUGAGAUGUAUAUUGAAGCCUGGAGCUUCUCAGCGUUCAUUUUGUAGCAUGUAUAAAAGUGUAUUUCGAGCUGUGCCUCGGGGUAUUCAAUG